GGAAGGGUCCAGUCCGCAGCGCCUGGACAACCGGGGUCGGGGGGAAGACCGAGGGCGCGGUUAGUCGCAGGGUUGCAAAUCAUACCCACAAACUUCGCUGGGCCCCCGUCCUUCUGCCCACGCGCGGCACAUAUCCCUCCGCCACAGUCACUCCACCCCUCCUUCCAUUGCUGAACUCGUCAAUUCCCCGCAGUCCCCGGAUGGAAAGCGUAAUGGCCGCCAAUAGUGAUUCGUCGGACUAUGGAGACGGGCAAGGCUUUUAAUGUACAUCUUUCUGUUGAAUUUGCCUUCUCCUGAGCCUUGCAUUUAUGCCUUUCAUCUGUUGGGAAAGAAAAAUAUUGAACAGGCUGCUGAAGAAUGGAAUUGUAGCCUUUCCUUAAAGAGUCACAGAUGAGUACCACGUGCGGGGAGGUGUACUUAGUUGGAAAAAACUGGGCCUUUGGAAAUAUUUCAGCACAAGGACAGAGAACACAGUAUACGUAAAAGAAAAAAUACAGUAUACUGCAAUAUUUUUUUAAAAUGUCAUUUGAACAGGAACAAUCCAUUUACAUUGAAAAGACAAACUUAUUAAAAGAUAAUGUGUGGGACAGAAUAUGCGACCCAGUAUCAGAAACUGUUGUUCAAAAGUCUACACUUCAGCCUGCAAUUUCCGACAUUCUUUCCUAUGGAUUGAAAAAUGUGAAAAUAGAAUUGCCCAGGGUAGAUAUUCCCAAUGAAGUGACAGCUAAACAUGAAAUUGACAGAUACAUGAGAUUAUUUCAAUGUAAAGAGGAACCUGAAACUGUGUUUUUCAUACAAGAGGAUGUGAAUGGUAGCUAUCCAAAUUGUUCUGAGAUUUUUGCUCCACAAAGUAAACCAGAAUUACACCAUGAAGAGGGAUUGAAAACAUCUGCAAAAAUACUGAAUUUUAGCUGUACAAAAUGCAGAAACAACAUUCGAUACAGCCCAAAUGAUUUACAGAAACAUUUUCAGCUGCUGCACCAUGGAGAGUUGCCAUCUUACCCCUGUGAAAUGUGUGAUUUUUCAGCUAAUGACUUUCAGUCAUUUAACCAACACCGUCGGACGCAUCGUAGCACUUUAGUGAAAUGUGAAAUCUGUAAUGAUGAACAUAGAUACACAUUGUUGGAUUUGACGAAACAUUUCUCAUCUAGGCAUUGUGUAAAUGGUCACUUUCAGUGCGCAAGAUGUAGAUUUUCUACCCUGGAUGUAGGCACAUUUGUUCAGCAUAUUCAUAGGCACAAUGAAAUACAGUAUAAAUGUGAUAAAUGUGAACAUGUAAGUUUCUCAAAAGAUGUGUUUCAAAAACAUGUUGUUUCACACACUGGCACGUUUCCCUUUAGUUGUCAGUAUUGUAAUUACAUGGCAUCACGGAAAACCUAUCUUUUAAAACAUCUUAUUGCUUUGCACAGAGACCACCUCUAUGCAAAAGAUAAAAUGGAUACAGAUAACAGUGAAAAGAAAAUGGAGACUUCAACAGGACUUAAACUUAUCUUGAAAAGGUACAAAACAGGGGCUUCAAGAAAGGCACUGUGGAAACGCAAAAGAAUUAUCAGUGGCAGUUGUGAAAUUGAAGAAGAUGAACAAGUUGUUGGAGUUACAAAUCAAAUAGAGCCUAAGUCUGAAGAGAUAAGCCAGCCUGCAAAAAAGUUGCAGUUAAAUGAAGACCACAUUUUUCGUGGUGAAAAGCAUGUACACAGUGGAACAAAAUCCUCUACAACACUACAGUACAAUAGAGCAGAAGAUGGAUUAUGUUCUGGACUGGGAUUGUUGAAAAAAGCUGUUCAUGGUCCUACAGUAUUGAUGGUGAAAAAUAAUAAAAUAUCGGUUCCAGCAAACUACAGUGCUAAAUUUAUGGGAUUCAAAAUGGUGGAUGGAAAGCAACAUAUAGUAAUAAAACUGUUACCCUCAGAUAAGACGAAAUUGCCGACAGGAAAUAAAAUUGAUGGGGUUAAAGAUAGUUCAGCAGAAUGUCUACAGCAGACAACUGACAACCUCAAUUUACAUUCAGGUUCUGGACCUCAUGAAAGUAAUCAACAAAGGUCUACAAAUAAUUCUGCUCACUCAUUAACAACUGCAUUUUCUAAUCAACAUUUUAAUCAAUUAUCAGGAAAAAUAAAGCAAGAAAGUGACAGUUACUUUAGUUGGGAUACAUCUCGAGCUGUUGUACCUCCUGUUGUGGUCGUAGGAAAAUGUGCUACUCGUUUUCCAGUGAAGCCAGAUACUGCCGCACUUGGUUCUAGUUUGGUGCCACAGAGUGGAACUAAAGAUAAUGUCUCUUGGAGGAAUAGUAUACCUCAAGAUCAUCCUCAGGUAUUUUCUUCUGCUGGAACAAAUAUGCUCCAUUAUGACCCCAUGAAAAAAACUUUUCCUUCAGAAUUCAAAAUACGGAAUGGUGAAGUGAACGAUAUCAGUAAACACAGUAUUGUCUGUUAUUCAACUGAUUUUUCUAAUCAAACAACAUUGCCUUUCCAUAAUUAUUCUAAAAUAGGCAUUCUGGAGACGUCCAAGGAGCUUAUGUCCAGCAAGACCUUUUCUGUCCAAAGCAGCCCUGUAGUUGAAACUACAGCAUGCUUUCCACAGUCUGCAGCAGGGUUAAAUUUAGCAAAAAGAGCUUCAAUGCCACUUGUUUAUAGCAGUGUAAAUACUAAGAAUGCUCCAGUAUUUUCAACCGGUCAGUCCAAAUAUGCCACUGAUGGACAGUGUUGUACAGAAAAUCAUCAUGAUGGCAAGCGAUAUUUGAAUACUAGGGUAAAUCAAGUAUUGGAACAUGUAGCUGAAAAAUCUAAACAAGACAACACCUCUAAUUGUAUUAAUUCAUGUAUGCCUAAAAUAACAUCAGUUUUUUCACUCCAGAGUAAUCAGGCAUCCAAUUAUUUGUCACCGGAAGUAAACCAGUCAUUACAAGAUGUGUUAAAAGUAAAGCCAACUGUUCAACCACAGAGGUACAUACAAAUGGAUUACAAUCAAUCAUUUUCAAAUAGUUCAGACUGCAAAAGAUUUACACCGUUCAAAGACCAAACAAUUAUGUCCAGUUUAGUCCAUUCUCCUGCUACAUUCAAAAGAGAGCUAAAUGUGAACUGCAACACGAUGAAUGAAAGUGUAUAUUUUAGGAAUGAAAGACGGGUCCCAAUAACGUCUCUUAGAACGCAAGAAGUACAGUCAACUGUAAGGACAACAGGAAUUGGUGCGUUGCUUAAAACACAAACGGAUACAAUUAUAACACAACAGCUGGCGAAAGAUAAAUUGCACUACACUAUCCAAGGUCCUAAUGCUAGUUGUCCGUCAUUUUCAGAACAGAAGAAAGCAGUGCUACUUCAGUCAUCUCCAUCAAGAUAUUUUGUACCUUUGCGCCUUGCCCACCAACAAGGAUUACAGGUUAUUACAGGAAAACCUUCUCCAAACAUAAGUUCAUCAAAUUCUCAGGCAACAAGACCGACGUCUCUACUUUUAAACAAAGGACCCGGGAUGAUUUUGACAUUUGGUAGUGGGUCACUUGGAACGAUUGCGAAUGCCACUGAAAACAAUUCUCAGGUUUUAGAUAAAUUUCCCUCUAAAGAGUGUGCUAAAGAAGCAGUAUCUACAUCACAACUGGAGUUGACAAUAGGCAGAUCCGGAAGUGUAAAAAAUGCUUUUGGUGUUGGUGCAUGCAGUGGAGCAGUAAGUGUUUCAUCAGUUGGUAUGUCACGUAAGGAGCCACUUAAUGUUACUAAUUCAGGUGACUGUCAUGAGAGUGGAAUUUCCUCUGUGAAAAUACUAACAGGUUAUCAAGGCAGUAAAGUUGACUCCUUGGAGUCAAGAAAACAACAGGAGAUUGGACAAGAACAACCUGUUUAUGCACUUUUGCCCAAUGGCAGACAAGCAGUUUUUCUGAAAUGUAUGUCACCAAACAAGUCUCUAGUACAAAACCAUAAUGUUUUUCAUAAUACUGCUUGUACUCAAAAUACUGAACCAAAGAAACCUGGAGCAAUGCAACAAACUAACAACAUUGUGUCAUCUUUACAGUUCAGUAAUAUGCAUUCCCUUAAUAGCCCUGCACUAGAGCAAAAAAAGACAGCUUUUUCUUCUAGUGAUGCCUUAAUCUUACCAGGUAAAUUGAUGCCAGCAAAUGCCUGUUUGUCAAGCUGUAAAUCCAAGGAUCUUUUCACUUCAGUAGAAUCUGUACAUUCCUCCAAACAUGUGAAGACACGGUCACAAAAGUGUCCAUCUGAGUCAGCACAAACAGUGACCAAGAAAGGGAGCAGUUUUGGAAGCCAAAUGUCAACGGGGACUAUGACAAACAAAAUUUCAAAACCUAAGCGGCAUUCAAAGCAAACUAAUAUUAAGGUUAAUGUUGCAGCUUCACAGAAGAACAGGAAUUUGAAGCGGAAAGCUAAUGAUGACCUUCAGGAAUCCCCUAGAAAGAAAAUGUUGCAUCGAAAAUGUAAAGAAAAAAAUCAAAUUGAUAUCAGUGAAUUGGAAUCUUUGAUUCAGGCUCCUUGUAGACAAAAAGUGUCAAAAGACACUGUGCGGAUUCUAAAAUUACUUCCUUUCAGUUCUAAACAGCUUAUCAAAUGCCCGCGAAGAAAUCAGCCAGUUGUAGUACUAAAUCAUCCUGAUGCAGAUGUUCCAGAAGUUGUAAAUGUUAUGAAGACGAUUGCUAAAUUUAAAGGACAUGUGCUAAAAGUUUCUUUGUCAAAGAGAACUAUUGAUGCUCUUCUGGAACCAGCAUAUUAUGAUAACAGUUUGUACAUAAUUACUGAUGAUCUCCCCCGAAGGAGGCGCAGAAUGCUGAAACCUGUUAGUCCUGUGAAAGAGAGGUUUGUUUUAAAAUUAACACUGAAGAAGACUAGCAAAAACAAUUAUCAGAUUGUAAAAACUACCUGUGAUAAUACACUGAAAACGAAAUUUAGUUGCUGGUUUUGUGGGAGGAUAUUUGACAAUCAGGACAACUGGGUGGGGCAUGGGCAACGUCACCUAAUGGAAGCCACUCGAGACUGGAAUUCAUUAGGGUAAUUUAUUAUGAGUAGUGAAGAAGGCAAAACAAAGUUGAUCUGAUUACAGAUUUUGGAUGACAGCAAUGUACUAAAUGCAUUUUUUUAAAAGGAAGAGAAAGUUUUGUGGU